AUGAGCCACGCAAGUCACUUCUUGGCCAUUGGUUUCGGUUUCUUUGGCGGCACCCUCGCGGUUCCCAACAAUCACCCAAAUGUCUUCCCCAAAACCUGUCCGCCACAUCGGGAUCCCUCCACCGUACGCACCCACCUGCCCGCCACCUUCCUCAGUGCUAUCCUGCGUAUCCUCUCAGACAAGUCCUUCUUCGUUUCCGGAAGGGCCACCGUCAGAAAGCCGCGCAAAACCAGCGUCACCUGGAACAUCCAUCUCAAGCUACUUCCCUUCUACACCGGCAACGAUUUCGAAAGGAAGCGGGGCGGAUCUUUCUUAAGCCGGAACCUCGAUGAGUACAAAGCCCUCACCGAAGAAAUCGAGGCAGCAAAGCUAAGAUCAAUGCACGUUCCUGCAUCGUCCGAGAUGAACGCCGCACAACCUGUACUGAAGGAAUCGCGGCUCAAACCACCACCGACUCUCAUCACGGAUGAAGAAACAAGGACCAUUCUGCUGCAAAAUACGAGGGGACUGGGAGAGCUGCAGAACUCGGCCCUUGAUACCAUAUGCCAGCUCAAGUUCCCCGAGAUCUGCUUCGUCGACUUGACCGAGGUGGAGAGGAUGACGCAGGAAGAUUACACUCCUCGCGUGGCGAUUCUCCUCUCCAUAAUUGGGAUCAAGACCGUCUUUCUGCAACAACCAAUUGGUGCUAUGCGUCGUGGAACACUGCGGAUGUGUCGCUGCCUCGAUCAAGCUGAGUGA